GCUGCUGUGCCCCUCUGCUCAUAUAAAAACCUCCUGAACGACUGCAGAUGGAACCACUCCUUACAGCUAACUGAAGAUCACAGACCUUCCACCCGAGCAGUUUUAGGACAAACAAAGCAGUGAAGGUGGAAACUUUUGAGAUUUUUAAAAGACUUUUUAAAGAUGAAGGUGCUGCCCUGCUUCAUGCUGGCUGUGCUACUGUCAGCUGGAACCAUUCAGGCUGUGGAUGUGAACUGGUUAACUGGUAUUAUAAAAGCCAUAAGGACAGAGUACAAACUAAGAGGUCAGUUCUGUCUGGCUGCAACCAUCCCAGGUCAACAGGACCCAAACACCCUUAUCAGUAAUGUCCUUCAUAAAGACCGCUUUGAUGAGCGCAUGGAGGACUCAGUUAAAGGGGGUGAGGUAUAUGUUGGCAGCAGGGUGGUUUUAGCUGUUCCCAUAGGACCUGUACAUGCAGAACACGCAGUUCUGCCAAGCUUGGGCAAACUAAAGAAACAGGGAGAGAACGACUUCCUCCUCAUCUAUUCUUACCUCUCGCCAUGUAGCAGCUGUACAGACCAUAACCAAGGAUUCAACAUCCUUAAAAUGAUUGAAAAUCAGGUCAGACCAAGACGGAGUGAUAAGGCCUUUGUGUUUACAAAAGUUUUCAGCCAUCCUAAAGAUGGUUCCAUUGUAACCAGAGAUGUUUUAGUAAAGUCACUGACUGAGCUUUCUAAUUCGAUGGGUGGUCUCCAGUACAUAUUUCGCUGUGAUGGACCGAGCAGUUCUGAGUUAGAGUGUCACAGCUGCUCUGUAAAUCACAGAGUUUCAGAGUUUUGCAUUGAUAACAACGCUGAGAGAGAGCGCAGCAUCAGCAGAGAAAGAAGCAGGAGCUCCAGUGGAAGCAGAGGUGGAGGGCGUAGGAGCAGCAGCAGCAGCAGCAGGGAAAGAAGCAGGAGCUUCAGUGGAAGCAGAGGUGGAGGGCGUAGGAGCAGCAGCAGCAGCAGGGAAAGAAGCAGGAGCUUCAGUGGAAGCAGAGGUGGAGGGCGUAGCAGGAAGAGAGAGAUGUACAGGAGUCAGAGUGAGAGCAGUAUCAGCAGCGGAAACAGUAGAGAAGCUGGAAAACAUGAAGGUGGAGGCAGGAGCAGCAGGAAGAGAAGCAAGUACAGGAGCAGCAGAGGUUAGAGGAGUUCAAACAAAGCAACAUGGUCCCUGAAGACAAACUUUCUUUAAAUUUCUUUUCAAACAUGAUUUAAAUUCUGUUCAAACUAAAAUGAUAAAUAAAUGUUUUUUUCUGAAAAAGC